CCGCGGCUCCUGGCAGGCAGCAUGAGCGGCGACUCGGAGCGCGCCACAGCCCCGGGGGUGGUACCCGCGCCCUGCGCCUCGAAGGUGGAGCUGCGGCUGAGCUGCCGGCACCUGCUGGACCGGGACCCGCUCACCAAGUCCGACCCCAGCGUGGUGCUGCUGCAGCAAGCGCAGGGCCAGUGGGUGCAGGUGGACAGGACCGAGGUGGUGAAGAGCAGCCUGCACCCUGUGUUCUCCAAGGUCUUCACCAUUGACUAUUUCUUUGAGGAGGUGCAGAAGCUACGCUUUGAAGUGUAUGACACCCACGGGCCCAGUGGGCUCAGCUGCCAGGAUGACGACUUCCUGGGGGGCAUGGAAUGCACUUUGGGUCAGAUUGUGGCCCAGAAGAAAAUGACACGCCCACUGCUGUUGAGAUUCGGCAGGAACGCUGGCAAAUCCACCAUCACGGUGAUAGCCGAGGACAUCUCUGGGAACAAUGGCUAUGUGGAGCUCUCCUUCCAGGCCAGGAAGCUGGAUGACAAGGACCUGUUCAGCAAGUCGGAUCCCUUCCUGGAGCUGUAUCGGGUCAAUGACGAUGGUAGCGAGCAGCUGGUGUACAGGACGGAGGUGGUGAAGAACAACCUUAGCCCGGUGUGGGAGCCCUUCAGGGUGUCGCUGAACUCCCUGUGCAGUUGUGAGGAGACGAGGCCUCUGAAGUGCCUGGUCUGGGACUAUGACUCCCGAGGAAAGCACGACUUUAUUGGAGAGUUCUCCACCACUUUCGCAGAGAUGCAGAAAGCCUUUGAGGAGGAACAGGCCCAGUGGGACUGUAUGAAUGCCAAGUACAAGCAGAAGAAACGCAAUUACAAGAACUCCGGAGUGGUGGUCCUGGCCGACCUGAAGCUCCACAGGGUCCACUCCUUUCUGGACUACAUCAUGGGUGGCUGCCAGAUCCACUGCACCGUGGCCAUCGACUUCACAGCCUCCAAUGGUGACCCAAGGAACAGCUGCUCCCUGCACCACAUUAACCCCUACCAACCCAACGAAUACCUGAGGGCGCUGGUGGCUGUGGGCGAGGUCUGCCAGGACUAUGACAGUGACAAAAGGUUUUCUGCUUUGGGGUUUGGAGCCCGGAUCCCUCCCAAGUAUGAGGUGUCCCAUGACUUUGCCAUCAAUUUCAACCCCGAGGAUGAUGAAUGUGAAGGAAUCCAGGGUGUAGUGGAGGCUUAUCAGAACUGCCUGCCCAAAGUCCAGCUCUACGGCCCCACCAAUGUGGCACCCAUCAUCUCCAAGGUGGCCCGCAUGGCAGCAGCUGAGGAGCUCACCGGAGAGGCCUCUCAAUACUACAUCCUGCUGAUCCUCACGGACGGCGUGGUGACUGACAUGUCAGAUACUCGGGAGGCCAUUGUGCGCGCCUCCCACCUGCCCAUGUCCGUCAUCAUCGUGGGGGUGGGCAACGCCGACUUCACGGACAUGCAGAUCCUCGACGGGGAUGAUGGAGUCCUGCGCUCCCCGCGGGGCGAACCUGCACUCCGUGACAUUGUCCAGUUUGUGCCCUUCCGUGAGCUCAAGAACGCCUCCCCUGCAGCACUGGCCAAGUGUGUGCUGGCCGAGGUGCCCAAGCAGGUGGUCGAGUACUACAGCCACAAGGAGCUGCCUCCUCGCAGCCUCUGCGCCAGUGCCGGAGAGGCAAACCCACGCUCGGCCCUGUGAGGAUGAUAGGAGAAUGGGCUCUGAGCAGCGAGUGCACAUGAUCUUCAUCUCUAGUAACCCCGGAGCUCCCAGAGACACCCCGAAGCCUCCUAUCCCCCGCCCCAGGCCCCAGCCUCCCUUCUGUGGUCCUGCUGCCUUGAGGAGGUGGACGAUGAAGAGACCCAGGCACUAUAAGGUGCCCACAGCAGCAACCCCCAUGCCUGGCCCUGCCUGAGCUGGGAAGGUAUGAGAGCGGGGCAUGCUGAUUGGGGACUGGCAGCUGUUAAGGAGUCCCCCCUAAAUGAAAGGGAGGUGGGAUGGGGUCCUCCGCACCUGAUCCUUGUUAGUGAAGGCAGCACCCCAACCCCUGACGAUACCCAGGCCAGACAACCCCAUCCCCAUCAGAUCUCUCUCUGCUAGUACCAUUGCACUUUACCACUUGACCCUGUGCCUCGGCAUCUGAAACCCUGGGGUCUGUGGGGUCCAUGGAGGGGGCUACAGGUGUAAUAAAGUACCCAUUCGUCCUUUCAA